AUGCUGGUCCCCACAGUGUGACCUGGGUCCCUGUACGGUCCGCCGCCUCCCAUUGCUUCCACUCUGCCAUGUACCUCUUUGAAAUCUCCUCACAACAUCCUGCGGAUUGUCCAUUUUGUCAUAGGUUGCUGGCAGAUUAGCGGCCUUCCAUAGGUGCCCCCAAGCCCCAUAUCGGCCAUGUGGUGGGGGUUUCCCCGUACUGCCUGGUCACGCUGCUGCUGGGCCCACAGUGUGACCUGGGUCCCUGUACCGCCUCCCAUUGCUCCCACUCUGCCAUGUGCCACUUUCAGGUCUCCUCACGCUCCUGCUGGUUUCCAUUUUGUCAUAGGUUGCUGUAUGGCCUCCCAUUGCUGCUGCCUCCACCGCACACUGUGGCUCCAAACACUGGUUUUGGCCCCGUGACUGGCCAAAGGAGUGA